AUGAAAAAGACUGUUGGGCAGCUGCAGCAAAAUUUUAAAUUAUCCGACUUGAAGGUAUUAUUCGAGCGAUUGUUUCCAUCGCCUCCGAACGGAAAAUUGGAAGACUACCGAUUUAUAGUCAAUGGAAUUGACUUGAAUAUUCAAAAUGAAUCGGAAUUUAACAAAAACAAGCACUUAAUAAUAAAUGGAUCAACAUUAUAUCCAUUGCAACGAUGCGUGGGUGGUUCCGAUGUUGAUAUGGUCACUCUCAAAAAUAUCGUGCGUAAUGAACUACCGUCCGAAGUGGGGAAAAUUCUAAAGGUAAUGGCUCAGUGCGCGGCACAUGGUGAAACUACGUUGUGCGUUGCUCUGUGUUGUUACAAAUAUUGUGCCGGUUGCUUCAUUCGAAGUUUCGAGGCAUCUAAAUUUAAAUUAGAAUGCUUGGGAUGCAAGAAAGCCAUUAAUUACAUGGAAUUUUUCAAGUCGCCUGAUUUCAUUCAAACUCUUGAUUGCUUGGAUCAAAUAAGUACCCUUCCGAAACAUAUCGACUAUCAAGUAUGCAGUUGCGGCAGCCCCAUGGUCAACGAGACUAUGUAUGCAAAACAACAAUGCAUGCAAUUAGGAGAGCAGCAGUUGUACUUUUAUGAUAAACUGGUUGUUCCAUUACUUCGUCAAAUGUUAAAUCUUGAAGAAUUAUCGUUAAAACUCUCAGCAAUAAUAGCUGAAAGAUCUUAUAUCGAUGGUAAUCAAUUAUAUGAACAAGCUCUUAAGUAUCUGCCACGACUAAACAAAUUUAUGUUCAAUAUACACGCUCAUAUUAUUAAUACUAGUAGUAUUGAAAUUGAUCUUCCAUCGAAUGAUGAUAUUCGGAAUAGUUUCAUUAAACGAGGUUUUCAAUCAGUUGGUACAUGUGCUACUAAACCACUUAUAGAUAAUGUAGGCGAUUGUCAUGUUUAUUCUCUUCCAUAUCUAUUUGAUGAUUGCUUAUUUCUGAGUAACUGUUUUCAAGGUGGUCAAUUCAAUAAAGUUCGAAUGUUAAUGAUGCGUGAUAGAUAUCCAUUUGAAGAAAAAUUAUUUUGA